GGCGUCUGUAAGUUGUACAGUGCACUUCCAGUUCCAGUUGUUUGAACUUGAAGCUGAUAACGUUGCCUUUUUGGUUUUAAUAUUUUUGUGUUUUAGUCUGGUCGUAGUAUAUCAGGAUAAAAUUACUUGGUUUGUAUCUUUUUAGCAGAUUGUAUUUGUGAAAUACCAUGGCGAGUUUGACUAAAGAACAGUUGAAAAACGAAUUAAUAAGCCACGGGGUUCAACCGCCCGUUCAAAGCGCCAGAAAGGAAGAAUUCGUUAAGCUUUAUGAGCAACACGUUGCCCCGAUUGCCGCCCAGAAAGGUGAUUUCUCCAGUGACGAGGAAGGCGAUGCUAUCAUCGAGCAAAGGGUUGAAGUGUCAAACAACAGUUUACUCUUCAACGGAUUGGACAUCACCACCAUUUCCGAUGAUGAUCUCUUUAGCCAACUGCAAUCAUUUGGCAUACCAGUGGGUCCCAUUGUUGACACUACUAGAUCGGUCUAUCAGCGAAAACUAGCAGCACUCUUGCAAAAUGGAACACAACCCCCUGUAGUUGAAGUUGAACAUACAAAUGGUAAUGGGGCUUCCCAUGAAGAAAAAUACUCUGAUUCAGAGGAUGAACCUCAGGAACAGAAAGAAGAUCAUCAGAAUAUUGAAAUAGUAGCAGAGCAUUUUGUACAACCCAGUUCAUCUACCCCUGUUCCUGCUCCUGCCCCUGUCCCUCUUAUAGCAGAUCCAAUUAUCUCCACUCCGGAACCGCUAACUGUGAUUCGUAAGCGGAUCGCAGAGCGACCCCCAUCUUCUGUUAGCGCUUUACCGUUGGUUGACCGUCAAGGUACGCCAACACCAAGGCCGAGCAUUCGAUCUGUCUCUAGCUCUUCCCAGUAUACUUACGAAUCUCGGCGCCGCGUAGAUGUGACCGAUGGCAGCGCAGCCAAGCCACUACCUUCCCAUUCGGGGUCCCCCCCUGUUAAACCCAAUAUCAUCCGUUACAUUUUGUUGCUAUUGGUACUUUUAGCAACCGCAUACAUAAUUUAUACUUUUGCAAGCUUCGGUCAAGUCAAGCAGUUAAUGGAGACAAUCAGACAAAGUGUAUCGCAGUACCUGGAGAAAGCAGAACAGGUUGCUGAGAAAAUCGACAAUGCCAAGCCUAAUCCUUUGCCGGAUGUCUAGUGUUUUCAAACAUAAAAAAGCCCCCGAAGCCGAACGCGUUAUUGAGCUGUAGUUCAACCCAUUUAUACUAUCUGUAAAAGCAUGAUUGGAAAUUGGAAUACUCCAUUCACUAUUUUUCUGGUUCAGUUGUUGUUCAUCACAUACCCAUUUUAACCUUACUGCUUGAUUUCAAGUAAACGUUUGCCCCAUCCCGAUCCAUAGGCAAACAGUCGGAAGAGGAUAUUCGAUCUUUAUUAUGUUCAAUUUGUAUUGGCUUCUUCUUUUCGGCCAGAAGCUCAAAUACACAUGUCCAAA